CCAGCAGAGUUAUGAUAUUUAUAAAUAUGGUCUACCCACAUUGCAGCUAUUAGCUGCUGCUGUUGAAGAGAUGGGAUUGAGCGCUGUAGCUUCUGGAAUCAAUCAGGGAAGCACUCCACAGUCAAAAAUACAAUCACCAAAAGAAAUUGAGCAUAUCAUUGAAGUAUAUUCUUCUAAUUAUAUUAAAAAUCUAAGGGCAAAUUUUGCAUUAUUUAUGGCUGAUCUCCUUGGCCAACUUUCAGAACAUAUAACAAAUGGUGUGAUAAAGCUUAUUCGAUUGGCACGAUUUAUGACAUCUCUAACUGAGGUUGCAGAUCUAGAAGCUGUGGUUACCGUUGAUAAAUUGUUUUAUAUGAUUAAUGGACACUUCUCUUAUCUCAAUUACGAAUACAUAGAAUUUGUUGUUAAGAAUUUUCUAACUGAUGAGGACCAGGACUUGAAGGGUAGAAUGGAAACAUAUGUAAAGGAUCUUGAAAAUUUUAAAACAAGCAUAAAGCUAAGACAACUUAAAAAAGCUUUAGAUGAUGUACGUUCAACACAUUCGCAUUCAUCUUGCAAAGUUUUCAUCAAGUUAGUAGGUGAAUGGGAAAAUGAACCUCUUGCUAGACUUGAAGAUUUUUUGAAACAUUACUUUAAAAAAGAUUCCAUUUUCAAUUUGAGCAGUGUCACAGACGGAUGCUUAAGUGUGACAUUCCUAGUUCCUCUCUCUUUUUCUCAGUAUCUUAUUGAUACUGCAACUCCACAACUGAAGUCCAUGUCUCGUGUUGGUGUACUUCAGCUGAUGAUAAAUGAUGUUGUACUUCUUGAUGAAAAAGAUGAUGUCAAUCUUAAUGAGUCGCUAACUGAAGCAGUGAAAAUAGAUGAUACAUUUGAAGUGUCACUGUUGCUGUCAUUGGGAGCUGAUCCAUGCUAUGAAAAUAGUAAUGGAGACAAAGUACUGGAGUUAGCAUUACAGGGAGGAUAUGAAGAAAUAAUAGAAUUAAUAUCAAUAGCUACAGAUACACAAGUUAUGGAAUUAGAAAGUCAAGAAGAGUUAACUGAGAAGGAAGAUAAUAAAGAAACUAGCAAUAAUGGCACAGAUGAAGAAUUGGAAGUAAUUAUUCAAAGAUUAGAGGACUCUUGUGCUGAACUUGAGAGGUCAUUAGUUGUUAGUGAAAAGAAGAUGGAUGAGCUACAAUUACAAA